AUGUCGUCGACAAAUCCUGGCUCCUUGAGUCUGGAGCAGAAGAUAGCCAUAAAUGCCAUCGAACGUGCCGGUUCUGUUUUAUCGAUAAUAGGAUGCAUAUUCAUCAUUUUUACCUUUUCAGUGUCAAAGGCCUUCCAUAAGCCUAUUAACCGACUGGUAUUCUAUGCAUCCUUUGGUAAUAUGAUGACCAACAUUGCCACGCUCAUGGCCAGACAGUUUGUCGAUGCGCGUGACUCGGCAGGCUGUCAGUUUCAGGCCUUCUUGAUUCAGAUGUUCUUGCCGGCGGAUGCACUAUGGACCUUGGCCAUGGCUGUCAAUGUAUAUCUCACCUUUUACUACAAGUUCGACGCCGAACGACUGCGCAAGAUGGAGAUAUGGUAUUUUCUGAUCUGCUAUGGUCUACCGUUCGUGCCUGCUCUUUCUUUCAUCUUUGUUUCGGAUGAAAGGGGUCGAAUGUAUGGAAAUGCGGCGCUCUGGUGCUGGAUCGCGCAGGAGUGGGACAUCUUCCGUAUCGCUACCUUUUACGGGCCAGUCUGGCUCAUAAUCAUAGCUACUUUUGCUAUAUACCUCCGGGCAGGGCGCGAUAUCUAUGAGAAGCGGAAACAACUUCACUACUUCAAUAGUAGCCAUGAUCCCGAUCUCCUUACAAUGGAUGACCCCUUUUCACACAAGACCACCGAAGUCAUGGUCACUACUGAAGAUGCCGUCGAUAGUAGUGACAAUAUCGAUCUUACAACGCUCGGACGCGAUGGAGAAAACGCAGGGUCCUCUCACGGCGCCGGACCCAGCGCUGCGUAUUCAGUAACUAUAUCGUCCGAAGUUCGGGCCAACCGCCUCUCUCGCGCAGAGUUCAAGCUGCCCGCUUCAGGAAAUGUGCAAAUCCGCGAGCCAUCGACAGCUCGACCUCGGACUCGACGGCGAGCAGCAUUCGAAGCCAACACAGCGGCAUGGUCAUACGCUCGUUGCGCAAUUCUUUUCUUUACGGCGAUUCUUAUCACAUGGAUUCCAUCUUCGGCGAAUCGUGUGUUUAGCGUUGUUCACCCAGGCGAGGCCUCUAUCCCACUGGAAUUCAUGAGCGCAAUUGUGCUGCCGCUGCAGGGCUUUUGGAACGCCGUCAUCUACAUUUCGACUUCAUGGUCGGCAUGCAAGUACUUCUUUUCCGAAUUAAGGCACCGUUCAAAAACUUCGGAACGCACUACGAGCACUCUCUCGGGAGGCAUUUCUGGGAGGAAUCCUGGCUAUAAACGACCCAGUCGCAAGCCAAAACAUUUAUAUGACACAGAAAGCAUGACGGAGCUGGCCGUCCCCUCUAGAUUCAACUCUGAUGAUGAGUCGAAACGACAGACACCAUGA